AUUUUUUCUGAGUUGCAGAUUAGCUGAUCCUACACACAGCGAUGGGUUAUGACGAUAAAUAGACCAAAAAAGCGAGCGAUAACCAAAAAACAAAAACAAACAUAAGUCCAUAUGUACCAGUCGAGAGAAUGGGUGUGGCCACAUGAAUCGCUGCUUGGGUUUUCCGGUAUCAUUUCAGAUAAUUCCAGUAAUCUCAGAAAGUCAAGUGUUAUUCGUCGUCUGCCAUGCCAAGAGGCUACGGAUAAUCAUCUCCAGAUGGAUGGCCUGACCGAAAUCUUUGAGAAUACACAUGUGCACAUAUAAGCGACAAGCACAACCUUUUCGUUGUACUCUUCAAAAACCGUUCUACUGAUACCGCAUAUCUUGACGUGCGAUGGAUUUCGUCGCCUCGCUAUAUCCCGCCUUAACAGAGCGACAAAAUUUGCCUCAAUAUUAUACACCUCUCUGCUUCUUUUUCUCCAUCGUUCCGUUCCUGACAGUGCAUAGACGACUCGCGAUCGUUGUUACAUUACCCUUUCUUCUGUAUCUAUGUACAUGCUGGCCUUGCUUCACCAGCGGUGGUAAUUCUUCCGACUACUACAAUGGCAGUCUAUUUGCCGCUCUCCCUCUAUGGUACAUAGACUUUGUACUGCUUACACCAAGAUACGGAGACACCACCCCUACGUUUAUUGGUGCAAAGAAAGCAAGAUGCAGCAAGGAGACGAAGAUUUCUGGUUUAGAAGGCCAACAAUGGAAAGAUUGCAUUACUUUUGGGGAGAGAAUGCGGUGGUCUGUCCGUCUGAUGAUACCCGCGCAAAGAGGCAUUGGUUGGAAUUGGCAAGUAAAAGGAGAUUCCGUUGGCCCCGAAUCUGAACUGUCCCACUGGCAAUAUAUUCAAAAUUGCUUAAAGAAGGCUCUCGUAUGCUACCUUAACUCUGUGGGAGCGCUGGUAAUGGUGGGCUUUGGCUACACAUUCAGAAUUGCUUUCAAUUCGGAUCAUUAUGUCCAAAGUGCGCUUGCAAAUGGUCUAGUUGGAAUUUCGGGCGCCAUCUGGGUAUGGAACAGAUUGGAAUGCUCUUAUAGCCUUGCAGCAGCCAUUGGUGUGGGAACAGGGCUAACCGGUGCUUGGGAAUGGCCUCCACUUAUGGCAUCGCUGAAGUCUGCGUGGAGUGUUAGACAGAUGUGGGGUACAACGUACCAUCAGUCUUGUCGAAGGUUGUUGUCACAACCAGCAAAACAGAUUGUGCAGAUAUUACGACUGAGGAAAGGUAGUCUCCCGUUAGCCUAUUUUCAGCUCUUCAUCUCGUUUGGUAUCAGCUGUAUUUUUCACCAAGUGCAGAUGUUCAACGUCACUCGUAAGGAUAUGGGAGAAUUUGCUUUCUUCAUGUCACAACCUUUAGCAAUUGCUGCCGAAGACCUCGUCAGUUGUACAUGGAGACACAUUCCAAUUUACAGUGAGAACAAAAGAUUCGGGGUGAUCUUUGGGUAUGUCUGGGUCUUUGUGUGGUUCUCUUUGAGCACACACCAGUACGUGUACGGCCUCAUUGACGCAAAUGUGAUGAAAGACUGGCUACUUGGAUAUCUGCCUUUUGAAUACGGGGCAGAUUUGGCACAGGGAUUUCGAUUGUAA